UGGGUCGAAAAACAAAACACAAUGAUGGGGGCAUUUCUGCCCGCCCGCCUGCUCUGCUAGUCUAGCAAGUGUUUCUACCGUUGGGCUUUAAGUUUGCCAUGCCUGAGGAAAAGCAACUGAAGAAUAUGCCUACAGAAAUUCAAGCAUGAGCCAAAGGACUUGAGGAACCAUGCAUCUUGAUUGCCUGCUGAGUCCAUUCACCACAACCACCACGCUUUCCUCACCAAAUAGCCUUUCAACCACGGCAUGCAUGCACGCACGCACGCAUGACCCAAAGUCCAAACUCCAAGCCAUGCAAAAUGGUUCCCAUUAUUUGCACUCUAUAAAGGGUACAUACUCCUACUGUCCUACACCAUUGGAAGCCGCAAGCCAGCAGCAAAAUGGGGGCUACUCACACCCUGCAGCACCUCCACGUCCUCAUGCUCCUCCUCCUAUGCUCCUGUUCCAUGCACGCUAGUUCAGCCAACACCACCGCCGCCGUCCCUUGCCUCGCAGACCAAGCCUCUGCCCUCCUCCACCUCAAACGUUCCUUCACCCAUGCAAACCUACCGUCAUGGCGAGACGGAGAGGACUGCUGCCAUUGGGAGGGCGUCGCCUGCGACACCGCCUCCGGAAGGGUCAUCUCCCUGAACCUCAGUGCCGUCGAUGCGACGAUCCGCCGCGUCGGCCCCGCACUCCUUAACCUCACCUCCCUGAAGAGCUUGAGCCUCAGCACCGCGUGCAUUUCCAAGGGGCUCUCUUCACUGAGCAAGCUCCCAUCACUGAACAAUCUGGAGCUUCACGGGCCAAGCUCCCGGGAUCCGGUAGGUCCGGAGCUAUCUUCGGUUGGCGAUAUCAGGCAGCUGACGUCUUUGCGCCUCGAGGGCUAUGAUUUCUCUCGGUCACGGCCCUCUUGGAUCGGCAAUCUGACGGGCUUGGCGCAUCUGCGCAUGCACGGUUGCGAUUUCACCGGCCCGGUGCCUGAUCAGAUCGGCACUCUUGCGAAGCUGACGCUGCUUGAUUUCGAAAAUUGCAACUACGCCGGGCAACCGGUGCCUUCAUGGAUCGGAAACCUUACCAGGUUGACAAAGUUGGGCGUCCAAGGUUGCCGGCAUUCUGGGUCAAUUCCCUCGACAAUCGCAAACCUGACCCGGCUUGAAGUUAUUCGGCUCGGGAACAACAACCUUGUCGGGAAAAUUCCACAAUCUUUGUUCGCUCUUCCAGCAUUGCGAGCGCUUUCCCUAAAGAACAAUCAACUUUCUGGUCAUCUUGAAGACAUUCCUUCCCCUAUAUAUUCAUCCUUGUCUAAGGUUGAGAUAAACGACAACCAGUUAACUGGCCAUAUACCCAAAUCAAUCCUUCAGCUUAAACAUAUUAAAUACCUCAACCUUGAAUCAAAUAGAUUGUCAGGCACAAUCAAACUAAGCUCUUUCUGGAGGUUGGAGAGACUGUAUUUUCUGAGUCUAUCCAAUAACAAGCUAUCAAUCAUUGUCGAGGAAGAAGAAGUGGACGUUUUAAAUUCCCUUCCUAACAUCUGCUACUUAUACCUUGCAUCCUGCAACCUCACAAAAUUUCCUAGUUCACUGAGAUAUCUAGAUAAAGUUUCCGUUCUUGACCUUUCAAGUAAUCAAAUAAACGAUGUUAUACCAAGUUGGGUAUGGGGGAAUUGGAAGGACCAGCUUGAGUGUUUGAACCUCUCGCGCAACAUGUUCACUGCUUUGGAGAAGUUUCCUUCUCUUGUUCAUAUGUCACGCCUAACUGUUCUUGAUCUCAGUUUUAAUAGGCUUCAAGGCAGCAUACCAAUACCGGUAACUGCAAUGUCUGGGAAUGUAUUGGAUUAUUCAAACAAUAACUUCUCUUCCAUUCUUCAUGACUUUGGAAGAUAUAUUAGAAGCUUCUACCUCGAUUUGUCCAAGAAUAAAUUAAACGGUCAUGUACCAUCUUCCAUCUGCAGAGCAAGCCAUCUCAAUAUCUUGGACCUGUCUUACAACAAUUUUAGUGGAUCACUCCCAUCAUGUCUUAUAGGAAAUGGGAAACUAGCUGUGUUGAAGUUGAGAGAAAAUCAAUUCAGUGGGACGCUGCCUGAAAAUAUUACAGAGGAAUGCAAGUUUCGAACAAUAGAUUUGAACAGAAAUCAAAUUGAAGGCGAACUACCAAGAUCAUUGUCAAAUUGUCAAGAGUUAGAGCUUCUUGAUCUUGGUAACAAUCAGGUCCGCGGUUCCUUUCCGUCUUGGUUGGGUAUUCUUCCAAAGCUCCGGGUCCUUGUCUUACGGUCCAACCAGCUCAAUGGAACAAUAAAGGAUCUUGAUGGUGACCAUGGAACCAUCAACCAGUUCCCUAGUUUGCAAAUACUCUGUUUGGGUUCCAACAGAUUCCAUGGACACCUGCCAAAAGGAUGGUUUAAUAAAUUCAAAGCAAUGAUGGAGAAUGUCAACGAGGAGGGACGAGUUUUAGGAUAUUACACAAACACAACACAUGGAUUUUAUAAAGACACUGUUACCAUCACACUUAAGGGAUCCGACCUUAUUUUCACCAAGAUUCUAACUACUUUCAAAGCAAUCGAUUUCUCAGACAACUCAUUUGAUGGUCAUUUUCCAGAGUCAAUUGGGAAUCUUGUUUCGCUUCACGGGGUUAAUAUGUCAUCCAACAACUUCACAGGACAAAUGCCAUCUAGCUUCAGUAACUUGUCUCAGCUGGAAUCGUUGGACCUCUCUUGGAACCAGAUUUCAGGAGAAAUCCCGCAAUUGCUGACCUCUCUAACCUCUCUUGCUUGGUUGAAUCUUUCAUACAACAAUUUGGUCGGAAGAAUACCUCAGGGCAACCAGUUCUUGUCAUUUCCCAAUAGUUCAUUUGAAGGCAACAUGGGCCUAUGUGGAAGUCCGCUCUCUAAACAAUGUGAGACUGCUUCAAGUGCAUUGACCCCUCCUGAACCACAGGAUAGACUUGAUGCCAUCCUUCACUUCACAUUUAUCGGCCUGGGGUUUGGAGUGGGUUUUGCAUCGGCAAUUACGUUCCGAAUGUUUUUCCACAUUGAAGGAUUGGACUGCAAUCAUUGGUAAAUCCAUGUGCUAUGCCGCUUAGCAGAAAUAUGUAUUUUAUAAUUACAUUUCUUGAAAAGGAAUAUAUUGUGUGUUCAUAAUUUGUACUCCCUCUGUAAACUUUUAUAAGACCGUUAGUAGUGAUCUAAAUGAUCGUAUAGAAGUUUAUAGAGGGGGUACUUGUUAGAUGAGAAAACUUAUUUAAUUCUCUUUGCUUGGUAGAAAGUAUUUUUUAGAUAAACAGUACAUAGUAUUUGAUGCUUCAUUUCACUGUAUGGAUUGCAAAGAUUGAUGAAUCAAAUAUGUGACAUUAUUGUGAA